AUGGAGGUUGUUCAUGAACCACAGGGGCUAAUUCUUUCUCAAGGAAAGUUCACCUUGGAUCUAUUGAGUGAAUUUGACUCACUGCAUCUCACUCCUGUUGCUUCACCUCUAGAUCCAACUGUCAAAUUGCAUGCAAAGACUGGUGCCCCUCUUUCUGAUCCAACCCUUUACAGGAACCUUCUCGGCAAGCUCAAUUAUCUAACAAAUACACGGCCGGACCUUUCCUUCAUUGUGCAGCACCUGGGCCAGUAUAUGCAGGAUCCCAGAAAUCCCCAUCUUGAUGCUGCUCUUCAUGUUCUUCAUUAUUUGUUGAAAGAUCCUGGGCUAGGGUUGUUCAUGAGUGCUUCUUCCUCUUUGAACUAUUGGUUUUCUGUGAUUCCGACUGGGGAUCCUGUGCUGAUUCUCGUCGUUCAGUCAGUGGUUACUAUAUCUCACUUGGUUCUUCUCCAAUAUCUUGGAAGUCAAAGAAGCGGACUUUGA